AAAUUGAUACCAAAGUCUUUCGGACCAAAAAAAAUUGUUUUUCUUUUUCUUUUCCGUAUUCUCAGUCUUCUUCUCCGUCGAUGAAGCCUCGUUUCACCUUUUCGAUUCACUUCUCAGUAUCUAUGAACUUCCUGGUAUAGGAAUCCUCUAAGCACUGCAAAAUCGCUAGCCGAUACAUACUAUACGCGCGCGCGAACAUAUAUAUAGCGAUAUUGAGGCGUGGAUGAAUUGAGAUGGGGGCGGCCGGCUCGAAACUCGAAAAGGCGCUUGGAGACCAGUUCCCAGAAGGCGAGAGAUAUUUCGGUCUGGAGAAUUUCGGGAAUACUUGCUACUGCAACAGCGUGCUACAGGCUCUCUAUUUCUGUGUUCCAUUUAGGGAGCAGCUUUUGGAAUACUAUUCUAAUAACAAAACCCCUGCUGAUGCUGACGAAAAUCUUUUGACAUGCUUGGCGGACCUAUUUAUGCAGAUUAGCUCGCAAAAGAAAAAAACAGGUGUUGUUGGUCCAAAACGCUUUGUACAGAAGCUGAAGAAGCAGAAUGAAAUUUUCCGCAGUUAUAUGCACCAGGAUGCUCAUGAAUUCCUGAACUAUUUGCUGAAUGAACUUGUUGACAUACUGGAGAAAGAGUCAAAUGCUGUGAAAGGUGAUCAAGAAAGUUCAUCGCCAACCGAAAAGAUUGCAAAUGGACCAAAGACAGUCCUUGUCAAUGGUGCUCAAAAGAAGCCACUUGUCACCUGGGUUCACAAAAACUUCCAGGGUAUAUUGACGAAUGAAACAAGGUGCCUUCGCUGUGAGACUGUAACAGCAAGGGACGAAACAUUUUUUGACUUGAGCAUUGAUAUUGAACAAAACAGUUCAAUAACAAGCUGCCUGAAGAAUUUCAGUUCUACUGAGACUCUGAAUGCCGAAGACAAGUUCUUUUGUGACAAGUGUUGCAGUUUGCAAGAGGCCCAAAAGAGAAUGAAGAUUAAAAAGCCUCCUCAUAUCCUAGUAAUCCAUUUGAAGCGAUUCAAGUAUAUAGAGCAACUAGGGCGGUAUAAGAAGUUAUCUUACCGUGUUGUCUUCCCCCUGGAGCUGAAGUUGAAUAAUACAGUUGAGGAUGCAGACACUGAAUACUCUUUAUUUGCAGUGGUAGUCCAUAUUGGUAGUGGACCUAACCAUGGACACUACGUCAGCCUCGUCAAAAGUCACAACCAUUGGUUGUUCUUUGACGACGAGAAUGUGGAGAUGAUCGAUGAAUCUGCUGUACAGACUUUCUUUGGAUCAGCCCAGGAGUACUCCAGCAACACAGAUCACGGUUACAUCCUGUUUUAUGAAAGAGUCAGCAAUGGCGCCACAAGCUAACAAAGAUAAGCAGACUUCCAAUUUUGUGCACAAUUCCUCUCAUGUGGAUGGUCUAAUAAUAAUACCUUUGAUUCUCCCUCUGUGAUUUAUUCUAAUUUAUGUACUGGGAUGAGAUGAAUACAUCGAGGUUGUUUUCGUGUACAGAGGUGGAAGACCACCGUACUUUACUUUUCCAACAAUAAAAGGGGAAAAAGAUGCAUUGUUUUAUGCAGUUCC